UUUAUUUAGAAUUAUUGAUGGUUUUUUAUAAUACGUUUCCAUGUGCAUUUACCAACACACAUCUUCAUUUAUUUUUGUUUACUUUUCAUUAGUUUACUUAUUCAUUUUAAAAUCUUUACAUUGUGUGUGUUAUAAUAUAUUUUAUUCUCUGCAUUUUGAAUGGUUCUUUUAAGUAUCUGCAUCCCUAAAGUUAAUCAGUGAGGAUUGAAGCAAGUAUGAGUAGAGACACAACCGUCCUGCUCGGGUGGCUGCUCUUACAAGCUACGAGCCGCACUGCGUGGUCAGAAGACUGGAACGCCAAGGUCGUCCGGGAAGUAGAUGCUCUGGUCGACUCCUGUGUGGUCAUCCCUUGCUCCUUCACAUAUGGAGUGCUUUCCCGCGCCAUGCUCAAAGGCAGCUGGUUCCCGGAGGGGGAUAACGAGCAGUACAUCUUCCAAGAAGACAGUACGGUUAUCAUGGAUGAGUUUAAAGGCCGCACAGAGCUGACGGGACGACUCACGAAUGGGAACUGCACCUUAAAGAUAAUAGAGGUGAAGGAUCACGACAACGGCCCCUUCUGCUUCAAAGUAGAAAUGAGUGAUAGGACUUUGAAGACCUCUGACCUUGAGAACCACUGCGCUCGCCUUAACUUGCUUGCAGAACCCCCCAAACCUAAAUUAAAUACUCUGAGGAAGGCAAUCCAGGGUGAACCUUACACCAUCUCCUGCUCUGUGGCCCACACCUGCCCGGCCCAUCUGCCCAACAUCACCUGGAGCCGGCCCUCCACGGACACGGGGGUCAUCAAGAUCAACAAAGACAACGGCAAGGGCUCCUGGGAAAUGGAGUCCAUCCUGACCUUCAUCCCGGCCGCAACGGACGACGACUCAGAGCUCAGCUGCACGGCAACCUUCAACGGAGGGGUGACCUCCUCCUCCACGCACCAUCUCUUUGUGAAACGUAAAGAGCUGUACCUGCACAUUAUCCUUCCUCUCGUUGUCGGCCUUGGGACAGCUGUGGUCUUUGGAGCGCUCUGUGUUCUAAUGAAGAUCAAAUACAAGAACCGUAUUGCUGAUCUUCAAAGCAGAGGAAACGGCAGAUUGCGGAAUCAGCUUUCAAGAAUAUCGCAGAGGAUGAGCUCCAGCCGCUUCAUGCCCUCUCGUCCGAGGGAGCCGGUAGAUUUGAGUGCUUAUGAUAUGCCGAAUAACACUGCAAAGAAACAGAAAAUCUCGAAACCCCGCUGUCCAUCGCCGAAGAGUCAGCCGGGGUCCUUCUCCAAUCGAGGGGCGACUGGUGACGACCGGGGCUUCGGUGAUUCCUGUGACGAUGAUUACACGAACACUGCUGACCUCAACAUUUAUGGAAACCUCUGAGCACAGCGACUUCCUCCGUGAAGAGAUGAGAGGCUGUGCUCCAAUCUUUUGUUGGUGUUCAGUUCCACUUCGACUCAUUAGCAUUUAGGGUAUUUAGCAGACGCUUUUAUCCAAAGCGACCUACAAUAAUUACAUUUGUGAUAAGAAGUGGAACAAUAUAUCGCUGUCGGUACAGUAAGGAUGUUCAUAGAACCAAGUGCAAGUACUAACAAUCGCUAGGCUAACCCAUUCCCCGUAUACAGCAGUGAUAGCAGCUACUGCAGAUGCUACACAAUUAAGUACUAUGAAUCGGGCAUUCCAGGGAAUUUGUUUUAGCUCUACUCAACUGAUGCUCCUAGGCUUUGAUUGUUCUCAGAAAACGUACACCGCUUUAGAUAACGACCAAAUGUUAACAUUCUGUCACAUGGUGUGUUAUGUUUUGUAUGCGUUAUGCUGUGUAAACAUGAUCUCCGGCCCUGCACAAUAAAAUGUCCCUUCCAUGCUUGAAAUCUCGGUCUCAUCAUUCGUGUCGACUCUAAAACUCGAAUCGUCUGGUCUAUCGGGUUUAAGUAACUGAGUUAUUAAGCAAGAAGAUACUUUAUUCAUCCCCUUGGGCAAAUUCAGGUAUCCAGUAGCUCAACAGACAGUACAGUUGAGAAAAAACAAAAUGGACAAACAGUAAAAGUCAACCAAAUAAGUCAGUAAAAGUCAAUAG